UGGCACGGCGCACAGGCGCACUAGGAGGGGGGGCGGCCGCGGAUUCAUGUGGAGGAGGGCUCUGGAGCGGGGGCUGGAGCGCUGAGAUGGCUGCCAAGGUGUUCGAGAGCAUCGGGAAGCUCGGCCUGGGCUUGGCUGUGGCGGGGGGAGUCGUCAACUCCGCUCUUUACAACGUGGAUGCAGGGCACAGAGCUGUGAUCUUCGACCGCUUCCGAGGGGUGCAGGACGUGGUGGUGGGCGAGGGCACCCAUUUCCUGAUCCCCUGGGUGCAGAAACCCAUCAUCUUCGACUGCCGCUCGCGGCCCCGCAACGUCCCCGUCAUCACCGGCAGCAAAGACCUGCAGAACGUGAACAUCACGCUGCGGAUCCUGUUCCGGCCCGUGACGGCGCAGCUGCCGCGCAUCUUCACCAGCAUCGGCGAGGACUACGACGAGCGCGUGCUGCCCUCCAUCACCACCGAGAUCCUCAAGUCCGUGGUGGCCCGCUUUGACGCCGGCGAGCUGAUCACGCAGCGGGAGCUGGUGUCCCGGCAGGUCAGCGAGGACCUCACCGAGCGCGCGGCCACCUUCGGCCUCAUCCUGGACGACGUGUCCCUGACCCACCUGACCUUUGGCAAGGAGUUCACGGAGGCCGUGGAGAUGAAGCAGGUGGCGCAGCAGGAGGCAGAGCGGGCCAGGUUCAUCGUGGAGAAGGCCGAGCAGCAGAAGAAGGCAGCUGUGAUCUCUGCAGAGGGUGACUCCAAGGCUGCAGAGCUGAUUGCCAACUCUCUGGCCACGGCGGGGGACGGGCUGAUCGAGCUGCGCAAGCUGGAGGCGGCCGAGGACAUCGCGUACCAGCUCUCGCGCUCGCGCAACAUCACCUACCUGCCCUCGGGACAGUCCGUGCUGCUGCAGCUGCCCCAGUGAGCCCCUGCCCUGCCCAGGCUGGGGGGAAACACCAAAAAAAAAAAUAUAGGGGGGAAGGGGAAGGAAAAAAAAAAAAUCAUUGGAAUUUCCUCGCGGAGGAAACGGAAAUUUGGAAAUUGGAGGGAUUUUUUUUUUUUCUUUCUUGGAUGGGAAAUCAAAUAAAAGUGAAUGGUGGUGACACCAGGCCUGCGGGUCCUCCCCUGUGACUCUUGAGUUUGGGAGUUCAGGAAAAUUGGGGGAUUCAGAGAUUUGGGAAUUGCCCCUUUCCGGGCAGUUGGAAAAUUGGGGGAUUCAGAGAUUUGGGAAUUGCCCCUUUCCGGGCAGUUGGAGCAGCAGGAGCAGAGUUUUCCUGGGGUGGAGCCCAGGUGAGUCCCUGGCCACGGGCACGGCAUCCAUCAGGGCUCAGAGCUGCCUCAGGGCCUUCAGGCUGGCUGGGGCUGUCCCCACCUGGGCUGGGACAGGGUGCUCAGGGCCCUCAGUCCUUCAGGUGUCACCUGAGAGCCCGGGGCUACCUCAGCUCAGGGCCCUCAGCCGUGCCAGUCCUUCAGGUGUCACCUGAGAGCCCGGGGACACCCCAGCUCAGGGCCCUCAGCCGUGCCAGUCCCUCAGGUGUCACCUGAGAGCCCGGGGACACCGCAGCUCAGGGCCCUCAGCCGUGCCAGUCCCUCAGGUGUCACCUGAGAGCCCGGGGACACCCCAGCUCAGAGCCCUCAGCUGUGCCAGUCCCUCAGGUGUCACCUGAGAGCCUGGGGCCACCCCAGCUCAGGGCCCUCAGCCGUGCCAGUCCCUCAGGUGUCACCUGAGAGCCCGGGGAGAUUCUCUGUGCAGGAAGUCCUUCUGGGGCUGGGGCUCUCCUCUCCUUCCCCCUGAGCUGUCCCUGUCCUGCCCCUCAGGUAGGCUCCUGUGCCAGCCCCUCGCUGCUCCAGGGGCAGAAAUCCUCAGUGCCACCCCUGCUCCUUUUCCCAGGGAAGGGGAGUUGUGAGGAGGGUGAGAUUGUGUAACCAGCCUUCAAUAAAUGUCACCGUCCCACGGCUGGCA